GCAACGCGUCUCACCGUAACCAGCCAAGAUCAAAGCACUCUCUCGACCAUCUCCUGACCACUCCAGCAUCUCCGGCCUUCAGGCACUAGCAGCAGCAUGGCUGACGACCAGCAACCGCCGACGCAGCGCAUAUGGUUCCCGUACUGGACCGCGCCUGCGCCUGCUCAUGGUCCUCGGCCGGCCGCCCGCCCGCAGCUGUCGAGGCGGGAAUCUCGCCCGGCGCCGCAGGCAUCGCCGCCUCCUACAACAGCAUCCACAGGCGCUGGCGGUGGUGUCCCUGCUCCACCGGCCCAGCCGACGCCGCUGUCGAGCAGGCCGUCGCCGCCGCCCGCCCGCGCUCCGCCACUCUCGCCCAUCGGAGAGCCCAAUGCUAGAGCGCCGGAGCCGUCACCGGUGCCGGUUGCCAAACAGCACAGGCCGCCUUCUCCUCUUCGUCCUAAUUAUAUCGCGCGUGAUGUUCCUAAGCAGAAAGACAUCGUCGUUCCGCAAGAGAAAACUAUCCAGGAACCGGCGCUCGUAGCAUCCAAGACGCCAGCCAAGGCCCCAGAGAAAGAGAAAGAAGACAAGGAGAAAAGGGAGGAGGAGAAGACGAAGGAGAAAGACAAGGGGCACAAGAUGAAGAAGGAGAAGGAUCACGAAGAGAAGCAGGAGAAGGAUAAAGAGAAGGAAGGCGGCCAGCCGCACAAGGAGCUCAAGGCGGGCGUCGCCGACAUGGUGCGCAAGCUCGGCACUCCGGCACCGUCGUCCGGCGGCGGCCACGAGCGCGCUGGCUCGGCGGCGGCCGAAGGAACGACCAUCAUCACGCUGGCCGGCGAGAACAAGGGCGCGUCCAUGAAGGUAGACGGCAGCGCCGUGGCCGACGGCAGGGCGGACGCGGCCGGCAGCAAGGAGCGCCGCGGCCGCACGCUCGACGGCAGCGCCGUCGUCAGCGGGACGGAGCGGGCCUGGGGCGGCAGAGGGUUCACGGCUUUCGUCAACAGCAACGUGCAGGUCAUCAACAACUCGCUGCUGCUGCAGAGCUCCUGCAACGGCGGCGGCCCGGGGGUGCACCUCAAGCUGUCCACCAAGGCCAAGAAGAAGGACGGCGAGGGAGCCGGGGGGAAGAGUGGCUCUGCUGCUGCCCCCAAAAAAUGAUCAGCCUGCAUCCAUCGCUGGCGCGCGCAUGGCGAUCGAGCAGUGACUAAUGAUUACUACUAGUAUACUGUUAGCAUCGAUAAAUUUAUAUGUACGUCGAUGUCAGUUCGCAAAAAAAUCGUGGUGAAUGAUGCCUGUAAAACAUAAUAGGAUGCCGAAGAUGAGCGAAUCAAGCAACCAAACCUGCUAUGUGUACAUGGUCUGGUCUCUUUAUGUUUGUUACUUUGAAACAAAGGAAUCUCUAAAUGUUUGCUUGUGAC